GUGGCGAUCCUCUGUUUUCGAUCGCCUCGACUCGUUAUUUUACUGAGAAACGGGGUGGCUCUUUCCCCUCGACUCGUUAUUGUAUUGACUGGUCAAUAAUUUGUCCUUUGUUCUCCGCACCGCGUCCUCCAAGAAACUUCUCCUCUUCACGCACUCCUCUCAUGCUCGCCACUCUUUAUAAAGCAACCCCUUUCGUCCCCGAUACGUGCACACACUCAGUUUCAACUUGCUCCGACUGUCCUUCGAGUGUCUCUAGCUUCCAAAUCAAAAGUCAGAGCACUCACAAUCUCAGUUCUUGAAACCCAAGAGAAAUGAAGAAGUUGGUGGUGAAGGUGAAUCUACACGAUGACAGAGACAGAAGCAAGGCCAUGCAAGUAGUUUCUGGUUUUGGAGGGAUUGGGUCUCUGUCUAUGGACUCGAAGGACAACAAACUGACGGUAUCCGGCAAUUUCGACCCUGUCAAGGUGGUGAACAAACUGAGGAAAUCUUGGCACACCGAAAUCGUGAGCGUUGGAGCAGCCAAGGAAGAUGAUGGCAAGAAGGACAAUCAAGUCGCCAAUCUCGUAAAAGCCUAUGAAGCAUACUAUUCUAUGCCGGUCACAUAUUACUGCGUGCCCCCGGAAGAGACCCCAAAUUGUGUAAUUUGUUGAAAUUCUUUGCGCUUCCAGACCGAAUCAGGACUUGGUUUGUGCAUCGGAGAAGAUUGAAUAAGUAAGGUUGAUUAUGCUUUACGAACACGAGAACAAGCUGAGUACCUUUUCUAGAAUUAUAGGCUUUUAUUGCGUCGUUCAGUUCUUUUAUGAGCGUAGGGUGUACAUAUAGAGAGAUUGGUUUUCACUUGAGGAACUCAAGGUAUGGAAAAUCCAUUAUGUACUCCAUUUCAGCAAACGAUUGUUUUCAGUGAUUGGAAUAUGCAGUGGAUGACUUAGUUGCUCGAUA